CUAUUGAAACUGACAAGAAAUGGCCACCCAGGUAAAAGAAUCAACAGUAUGUGAUGUCACUAACAUUUGUUCGAAAAUGGAGGAAACAUCUGUUGACGAAAUUGUCCUUGUGGCAGCCCUGGACUUUGGAACAACUUACUCUGGAAUUGCUUGGUCUUUUGUGGCCGAAUUUGAAAAAUAUCCUCUUCGAAUCAACAGUCUUCAAUGGUCAAGUAUGGUUGGUCCUUCGCAGGCCACUUACAAAACACCAACUGCUUUGCUUCUAAAAUCAAAUAAAGAAAUGAUGGCAUUUGGAUACGAGGCAGAAGAACAGUACAGUGAGCUGGCAGACGACAAUGUUCAAUCUGGUUAUUAUUUCUUCAGAAACUUCAAAAUGAUGUUGUAUGAAAAUGAGACUCUGAGGAAUGACACAGUUCUCGUUGAUGAUGAAGGACAUGCAAUGCAAGCCAAAGACAUUUUUGCGCACAGUAUCACCUUCAUGAAAGACCGUCUUUUAGAUGAAUUGAAGUCCAGGGGAAAUAUGAUUGGAGAAGAGCACAUCAGAUGGGUGAUUACGGUCCCUGCCAUAUGGAAUGAUGCCGCCAAGCAGUUCACGCGAGAGGCAGCAACUAAGGCUGGUAUACCGAGGAAUAGAAUAAAACUUGCUUUGGAACCCGAGGCUGCAUCUAUAUACGCCAAAGAAAUCCUUAUACAAAGGUCUCACGGUUCAAGUCAACAACGGUCGCCGUCGUUUGAAAAGUGGACCAGAUUUAUUGUUCUUGAUCUUGGAGGGGGAACUGUUGACAUUACGCUGAAAGAGAUAUCGGACGAGAAUACGGUCAAAGAAAUUCUUCACGCCUCCGGUGGACCAUGGGGAGGGCUAGCGGUUAAUAAAGAAUUUAUGGCCUUUUUGGAGAGCUUAGUUGGGAAGGAUGUUAUUGAUGAAUUAAAAACAAAUCAUAAAGCCUCCUGGUUAGAUUUAGAGAGGGAGGUCGAGUCAAAGAAGAAAACUACAAGAGGAGACAAAGAUGGGCGAAUUCUUUUCCAAAUACCUGCCGAAUUACAAGAGGUGUAUGAGAAAAAGAAUAACAAGAAACUUCUAAACGCCAUUGCAUUUGAAUCAAAGUACGCUGGGAAAAUUGACAUCAAAAGAAAUUGUCUUAGAGUAGACAAAUCCAUCGUGGAAACUUUUUUCAGGAAAUGCUUGGAUAAUAUUACGAAGCACACUAAAAGUCUGCUAGCGAAACCUGAAGCUCAUGACAUUAAGUACCUUAUUCUUGUCGGCGGGUUUGCAGAAUCAGAGUUUAUGAGAACUGAAAUAGCAAACGAAUUUAGUAAUCUUCAAGUUUUCAUCCCAGACGAACCAUGGCUUGCAGUUAUGCGAGGUGCUGCUAUAUUUGGUCAAAAGCCGUCAGUGAUUAAAUCAAGAAUAUCCAAGUAUACCUAUGGAACAGCCGUUAUUCGAUAUUUUCUUGAGGAUUUCGAUGACCCAGCAAACAAAAUAGAGGAAGAUGGCAAACCAUACUGCAGAAAUGUUUUCAACAAGCUUGCAGAAGUCGGUCAAUCUUUUGAAGUCGGUGAAACAGCAGACACUGAAGUCUUUGCACACAAAGUCGAUAUGACAAAGAUGAAGAUAAGGGUAUAUAGAUCUAGUGAAGCGAAUCCUCGGUACGUUACCGAUGAGAGUUGCUCACAGAUCGGAAAUAUGCUGCUUGACAUGCCAGGUUAUGGGAUAGAAAGAAAGGUCACGGUGUCUUUAAGUUUUGGCGACGAGGAGAUAACAUGCAAGGGUGUCAAUGAAUCAGGAGAAUCGGUUCAUGUUACUUUAGAUUUGCUCUCCGAUUCGUAGGUGGUUCGACUACCAUACCAUGGAAUUAUAUACCGAAUAUGGAGUCCUGGCAUUGCAACUUUUUGAUUUUUAUGCUAAGACAAAAAACUCAUCCAUGAGAACAUUUUAAGUUUAAGUUUGGGUAAAUCCAUGAGAACGACAGUCUUAGCUAGGCAUCAGAUUAAAUGUUACUGUUACACAAAUUAUAUUUAUUCAAGUAUUUAUUAUUCUACUUGUAUAUAUAUAUAAAUUUCUCCCAAGUCCCCAUUGAUACAUGUAGCUGUGUAAUCUGUUAGUAAUACCCUUUUUAGUCAGAAUCUCAUGUUUUUAAAUUGUCAUGAUUGCUUUACAAUGCUACAGUAACGUUUGUUUGAUUGUAGGAAUAUCAUUGUUUUAUUUUAUACUCGUAUUUUAUCUUUCAUAUGAAAUCAUUGUAAAUCCUACCUCAUUUCAAUUUUCUGCUAUUUUUGUUCAUUCUUUAUAUUCAUACAUGAACAUAUUCUGUAUAAUUUUAUACAUCUUUUUUAUAUUGUCAUGCAUUUAACAAUAAAAAGAUUAUUGGAAAAUAUACUAGAUAACAAAAGUUUUUGUUUUAUAAAACAUUACUGACAUUUAUCUGAUGAUUAACAUAAAAACAGUUUGGUACGCUUAAUAAUUCUCGUAUUUC